AUGACAUGUAUCUAUUCGUUGUUGCUAACAUUUUGGUUUGCACAAUUGACUCUUGGAUUGAAUUCGACCAGUCCGUCUGGAAAUAGUUCCUCACUAAUCCAAUCUCAAUAUAACUCUAGAAACUUUCAUUACAAAGGAGUAGCAUUAGGAGGAUGGUUGAUCCUUGAACCAUAUAUAACUCCUUCGCUAUUCUUGGAAUUUAAUAAAACUAGUGGUAAGGAUUCUGAUAUUCCAAUAGAUGAACAUGCCUAUUGCAAAAAGCUCGGUUAUAAAGAGGCAAAAAACAGACUAACCAAGCACUGGGAUACCUUCUACAAUGAGUCAGACUUUGCCCAAAUCAAAGAAUAUGGUUUAAAUAUGGUUCGUAUCCCAAUUGGUUAUUGGGCAUUUGAAAAGCUUGAAAAUGACUCGUAUGUGCCUGGAGCAGAGAAGUAUUUAGAUCAAGCCAUAGAAUGGGCAUAUAAAUAUAAUUUAAAAGUAUGGGUUGAUCUCCAUGGCUUACCUGGAUCUCAAAAUGGAUUUGAUAAUUCAGGUCUUAGAAGCCUUGAUUACCCAGGAUGGUUUAAUAGAACUGAGCAUGUUGAUUUGAGUCAUAGGGUGUUAAAUAAAAUUUAUUCAAAGUAUGGAGGACAUAACAUGUCAACCGAAUACAAAGAUACAAUUUUGGGUAUUGAGGUUGUUAACGAACCUCUUGGUCCUAAGCUAUCUAUGAAAAAAGUAAAGAAGUUUUAUGAAGAUAGCUAUGGAAAUGCAAGAAAAAUACAAGCAGUGAAUAAUACAAUUGUAUUCCACGAUGCUUUCCAACUGAUGGGUUACUGGAAUAAAUUUCUAUCUUAUUCGGGUAAUAAGACUAAUUCUACCAUUGAUAACUAUAAUAUACUCGUAGAUCAUCAUCAUUACGAAGUCUUUUCACUGGGUGCUUUAAAUCUGACCAUUGACGGACAUCUCCUGAGUAUCAAAUCUCUUAGCUCUUCUAUCAAAGAUGAGAAUAAACAUCACCCUGCAGUUGUUGGUGAAUGGCUGGCUGCUUUAACAGAUUGCACCCCUUGGUUAAACGGUGUAGGUAUAGGCACGAGAUUUGAGGGCACGUCACCAUAUACAAAUGAUAAGAUUGGAACCUGUGAUGAUAUCAAUACGUGGGGUAAGUGGUCAAAGGAACAGAAAAAGAAUUAUAGAAAGUUCGUUGAAAUGCAACUCGAUCAAUAUAGUUCCAAAAUGAAUGGUUGGAUAUUUUGGUGUUUCAAAACGGAGACAUCAAUAGAAUGGGAUUUUAAACGGUUGGUCCAUUUCGAUCUUAUGCCCCAACCACUAGAUGACAGAAAAUAUAUAGUCAAUGGUACCGACACAGAUGAAGGUGAUGACAAGAAAAGUAUAGCUUCGACUACUCGCCAUCGAAACAUAUGGCUUUUGCUUGUUACCUUUGGUCUUCAAUUAGUCAAUGUUCUAAGUGACCAAUAUUAA